ACACGACUAUUUGGGACGCUUCGAGAGCGUCCGCUAAAACCGUGCACUUUUCGUGCGGGUCCUAAAAGACGCGGAAUUUCGGGUUACUAUACCUGAAUUCUGUACUUCUCAUGCCAACUGAAUAGUGUAAGAACGCGCAAGACACGCCCUGAACGUUGCGCAUCGUGACGCUUCGGCUACUGCGUGGCGAGUUGUUGGGUGGGAUAUCCUCAUUGCCUCCUGCCCCUCCCUAGAAAUUAUCGCGGGCUGGCUGUGGCUGCGAGGGCGCCGCCGCCUUGAACCUCGCCACCCACGCCGUCUCCACCACGCCCCUCACACGCACCCAUCGUCUUCCUCUCGCCCUCCCCGCCCUUCCCCCGGGUCGCCAUGGACGCGCUGAAGGCGGCAGCGCCCUCGCAGCUGCUGGCGGACCGCGGCGCGGCGCUGGUCGUCAUCCACCCGGGCUCGCUCACCCUCCGCAUCGGCCUCGCCUCCUCGCCCGCGCCGCUCGCCAUACCGCACGUCAUCGCGCGGUUCGUGGCGGAAGCGGGGGGAGGGGCGGCGAGUGGAAGCAGCGGAGACGAGGCCGCGGGGCGCGCGGACGAGGGAGGAGGGGCGAGAGACUCGGGAGGGCGACGGGAAGGGGCGAUCGGAUGGGGGAGUGACGCGCGGCUGCGCGAUGCGUGGCGGGCGGGAGGGAGAGAAGUGGACGAGUGCGCGGAGGAAGCAGCGGGCGGCGGGGAGGUGGAGGGGGGACGAGAGGGCCGGGCGCGGAAGGCGGCGGAAGGAACGAGCGCUGCUUCCGCCGCCAAGGAGCUGUCCGCGGCGCUCAAAGAGCGCAGGCAGGCGCUGAAGGCGAUGCUGGCGGAACUAGGCAAGGCGGGGCACGGCGCGGAUGAAGACUUGCGUGCUGGGGAGGCGGUGGUGGGCGCAGAGGGGGGGACGGAUGACGGCACGAGAGGAAAGGAGUACGGAGCGGUGGAGAAAGAAGGGACGGAGGAGAAAGAAGGGACGGAGGAGAAAGAAGGGACGGAGGAGAAAGAAGGGACGGAGGAGAAAGAAGGGACGGAGGAGAAAGAAGGGACGGAGGAGAAAGAAGGGACGGAGGACGGACGAGGAGAGAAACGAGGGAGGGAUGAAGAAGAGAAGGAGAAAGGCGUGGAGGAGAAAGGAAGCGAGGAGGGCGCUGACACGGGUGAGGGGGGCCAGGGCAGCGCGAAGAGAGGGGAGGGCGAGGGGAAGGGCAAAGGCAGUGGCAAUGAGGAGGAGAAAAGUGGCGCCAAGGGGGGGGAGGUGGAGAAGGCGCAAGGGAGCGAGAGUGAGAGAGAGACGGAAGAGUUGAAGAAGGGGGUGGGUGGGGUGGGCGAAGGGAAGGGUGGAGGUGGGGUGGAGGUGGUUGAGGGUGGAGGGCGGAAGGAGGAGGAGGCGACGGAGGAAGAUGGCGCACGCAUGGCAGGUGAGAAGAGGGUGCGUGGCGAGGAAGGGGCGGUUGCGGGAGGAGAGGGCAAGGAGGGGGAUGGGGCAGUGAGGAGGGAGGUAGAGAGAGGGAGCAAAGAGGAGGACGGUGGCAUGUCACACGGGGGGCAAGGAGCAGAGGAGGAAGGGGGCAGUGGAGGUGGGAAGGGGGGAAGCAGCAAUGGGGGAGAGGGGCCAGCAGCAGAGGGCCAGCAAGAGCGGAGGGCGGGUGAAGGGGUGGUGGUUAGCAAGGAUGAGGGAGGGGUUGGGCGGGCAGAGGGCGUGGCCCCUGAGGAUGGCAGGCAAUGGAGCGAGGGUGAGGACACGCGGGAGGGGGGGGGAGGUGAUGGAGGGGAGGCGAGGGGCGGCGAGGAGGGGGUGGUGAAAGAGAAAGGGGAGGGCGAGGCAGUGGCAGGCGAGGCGAGGAGGGCGGCGGGCAGUGAAGGCGAGGCGGAGGUGACGGGUGAGGGGGAUGUGGCGCAUGGGGACGCACGGGAGGGGGAGAAAGGUGGGGGCAAGGCGCACACCAAGAGUGCGGGAGAGGAGGGGUGUGCUAGCGGCAGUGCGGCUGGGAAGACAUCUCCCAACACAGCCUCCUGUGGCGAGGUUUCUCCAGUGGCAUGCGUGGGUGGGGAUGGGCAGGAUGAGGGUGGCGCCAAGGACGCUUUGGGGAAGGACGCUUUGGGGAAGGACGCUUUGGGGAAGGACGCUUUGGGGAAGGACGCUUUGGGGAAGGACGCUUUGGGGAAGGGCGCAGGAGCCCCAGUGAGAUCGGGCCGACAAGACUCACAAGGAGGGCGCGUAGCAGUGGCGGGUGAGGAGGCCUCACAUGUCCCGCCCUGCGCGCCGCCUCUCGCCCAUCCCUCCAAGCCCAGGCAGCAGCGCCCUCCACACCGCCGCACGCUGGUGGUGGGCGAGGAGGCGCUGGCCAUCCCGUGUGGCGCGCCGUACAAGCUGCGGCGCCCCAUGGCGCGCGGCCACCUCAAUGCCAGCACCACGUACCCGCUGCUGGCCGUGCUGGACGACCUGGCUGCCAUCUGGGGGCAUGCCCUCACCACUCUGUGGCGCGAGCAGCGCUGCGCUGCUGCUGGCAGUGGCGGCAGGCAGCAGCGGGCGGGCAGGGACGUGGGGAAGGAGCGCAUAGGGGAGGGGGAGGAGGAGGAGGGGUUGGAUGAGCAGCAGAGGCGGGAGCGGCGGCAGCGGCAGCAGCAGCAGCAGUGGCAGGGGCGGCUAUCAGCGGUGCUGGUGGUGCCCGAAUCCAUGGACGCGCGCGAGGUGAGGGAGGUGGUGGGCGUGGCGCUGCGCGACCUGCGCCUGGCGUCGCUCGUGGUGCACCAGCAGGCCGUCGCCGCCGCCUUUGGCAGCGCCGCGCCGUCGGCGUGCGUGGUGGACGUGGGCGCGCACACCGUGAGCGUGGCGUGCGUGGAGGAGGGCAGCGUGCGCCCGGGGUCCCGAGUGGUGCUGCCAGUGGGCUCCGAGGACGUGGGAGACUGCCUGCUGUGGGCUGCCAAUGAGAUGGUGGGAGGCAGGAGAAGACGGGGGCGCGCGCGCAGGGUUGCUGUGGGGGAGGAGGGGGAAGGGAGGAGUGGAGGGGAGAAGCGGAAGGAUCCGGAUUGGGCAAGUGGGGAAGCGAAGGAGGGGGAAGAAGGGGAGAAGCAGGAGGAGGUGGGCGAGAGGGAGAGUGGCGAGGGCAUCAGGAGGUCGCUGAGGGUGGCCAAGAGAGCAAGGGGCGAUGUCACCCGAGGGGGGGAGGGAGGAGCGAGCAGAGAGAAGGGUUGGGAGGAAUGUAGUAGCGCGGGUGCUGCGGCUGCCAGUGCUGAUGGCACAGACGGUGAGGAUGGAGAGGAGGGUCAGUGGUGGCAGAAGGGCGAGUGGCAGUGGCCGUACCCCGGGUUUGACCCGUGGGGCGACGUGCAGGAGUGGGUGCAGCUGCACGCGCUCAAGGAGAGGCUCUGCUCGCUGCAGGUGGGGGAGGCAGGGGGGGACGAUGCCAUGCAGGGGGAGGACGAGGACGACCAGGGCGGGCAAAGCCCCUUCAAGAGCUGCCGUGUGGAGUUCAUCCAGAGGCUAGCUGCCACGUCACCUGACACGUCAGCUGCCACGUCAUUGGCAGUGCGGCAUGCGGUGCGGCUGCCGCGAGCGGCCAUGAGAGCAGCAGCGGAGUCUCUCUUCCGCCCAGCCCUCCUCCUCUCUCCCCUCGCCCACCCCUCCUCGCCGCUCUCCCCCUGGCCAUGGCCGCCCGCCCACUACCGUGUGGAGCACCAGGACGCCUUGGACGACCCGUCGCUGCUCGACUCCGCCCUGCGCCGCCUCGACGCCCUCGCCCUGCCCGACCUCUCCCGCGCGCCGCCUGCUCUUGCCACUGCCUCUGCGGGCCCAUCUGCUGGGGCUGCAGCAGCGGGCGGGCGGCGCGCGCCCGUGCUGGUGGGGGUGGAUGCGGCCAUCGCUGCGAGCGUGGCGGCGGUGCCGGACCGGGACUCGAGGGACAAGCUGCUCACCAACGUCAUCCUCACGGGGGGCGGCGCCUGCCUGCGGGGCCUGCGCAGGCGUAUCGAACAGGACGUGCCCCGGGCCGUGCUGGCCCGCCUGCAAGCCAUUGCCCAGCAGGCCGCCACCGCUGCUGCUGCCGCCGCCACUGCCGCUGCUGCAGUGGCACCAGCGGCAGGACAGCCCACCCCAGGCCACAACCCCGCAGUAGCUGUGGCGGCGGCGGCAGCGGCAGCAGCGGCAGACACUGCAGCGCACGCUCAAGCUGCUGCUGCUGCUGCGGGAGGGGGCCCGGGCGGGCAGGGGCGCGUGGAGGUGGAGGUGCUGGCGAGCCGGCAUGCGCCGGGGGUGACGGCGUGGCGGGGGGGUGCGGUGCUGGGCGUGCUGGACUGGAGCCGCGAUUCGUGGGUGGCGCGCGACGAGUGGGUGGAGGGGUGCCGCGUGGGCGCGGGCAGGAAGUACCGCGACUCACUGUGCUCGCAGACGGCACUCGUGUGGUACUCCAAUGUGGAGUAGAGCUGUGGGGCAGGCUGCUGUCCCAUGGCACGGCAUGAGCAGCGAUGUCUCGUGGUACUAAUUGCUUGGAUUACUCCACCACGCAGCGGUCAUGUGGUUGGCGUUGGAAGAGCAUGAAGAGAUGGCUAGGAAGAGGGGGAGGGAGAUACAUAUGCAAACUGUUGCCCCCUCUAAGAGCUCUCCUAGCCGUCCUAGCGGCUAGCUGGCUGCUGGGUGGCGGCGGCGACGAGCCAGCGGCGAGCUGACUGGCGGCGGCGGCGGCGCGGCGGCGGGCGAGCGAGUGGGCGGCGAGCCAGCGGCUAGCUGGCUGGUGGGGGCGGCUGCGCGGCUGCUGGCAGGCGAGCCAGCGGCUAGGCAGCGGCGAGCUGGCUGGCGGCGGCGGCGGCGCUGCUGCUGGCGAGCGGGCGGCGAACCAGCGGCAAGCGGGCUGGCGACGGCGGCGGCGCGGCGGUUGGCCGGUGAGCGGGCGGCAAGCGGGCUGCCGAGGGCUAACGGGCCGGCAGCCAGCAGGCGCAGGCGGCGAGCUGCAGGUGCAGCGCAGCGAGCGGGCGAGCCGGCAGGCGCGAGCAGGCGCUGGCUGGCGCUGGCUGGCGCGGGCUGGCGACGGGCGCGCGAGUGAAUGACGGGGGAAGAGGGGGGGGGGGGGAGCGGCGAGGGGCGGCACGGAGCGGCACGGAGCGGCUUGGAGCGGCUUGGGGCGGCUAGGGGCGGCACGGAGUGAUCUAGCUAGGGGUGGAAGCGUGGGUAGCAGCGUCCUUGCUAGGAUUUAGGGGCGUCUGAUCUUCAGACCAACUUUUGUGCGUCCGUCUGACCAUCAGACGAAAUUUUGGCUCUAGUCUGAGUUUUCAGACGAAAUUUUCAGGGCUGUCUGACUAUUCAGACGAAGUUUAGAUGCCUGUCUAAUUUCUUCGAAUAUUAGUCUAGCAUACGCAU